AUGGGGAUAUUUUUAUCUAAAAUAUUUGAAGCUCUAUCAGCCUUUACAGCUGAUAACCCUUCCAGAAUUUUAAUGCUUGGUUUAGAUGCUGCAGGUAAAACUACUGUUCUGUAUAAAUUAAAACUAAAUGAAACAGUUUGUACGAUACCAACAAUAGGUUUUAACGUAGAAACAGUCAGUCCUGUUAAAGGUGUUAGUUUUACUGUCUGGGAUGUGGGAGGACAAGAAAAAAUCCGACAAUUAUGGAGACAUUAUUACGCCAAUUCUCAAGGAUUAAUCUAUGUAGUAGAUAGUACUGAUAAAAGCAGGAUGUUGGAAGCUAGAGAAGAGUUGACUAAUAUCUGUAAAGAUCCUGAUAUGACAGGAGUACCUGUUGUUAUUUUAGCUAAUAAACAAGAUUUACCUGGAGCAUUAAAAACCUCAGAAGUGGCAGAAAGAUUAGGAAUGGCGUCAUUCCGUGACAGGAAAUGGUUUAUACAGGGAGCUUGUGCUAAAACAGGGGAAGGGAUUUAUGAAUCUAUGACAGAAAUGGCGCGACUGGUCAAACAGUUUCAAAACACAAGAUGA